UCGCAGAGGGCCACGGAGAGGCGAAUGAGAACGUGAGCGGGAUGAUAUUGGACGGAUAUAGCCGACCUGUCAAUCACUGGGGAUUCACUGUAAAGGCUCAGAGACUCUCUUCAUCUCGCUCUCCUCCCCCUCCAGGGCCGGGGUAAUCUAUUUAAGCCAAAUGAUGGCCUCCACGUGGUGGGGACCCCUCUCCAUGACGGUGGAUAAUGGCACUGGCCCUCUGGACAACAGCAGCUGUUUCAGUGCCACACAGAGCACCGUGCUGAAGGGGGUGAAUUUCGGAGGAGUGCCUGUCGUUCUGCUGAUGGACUUCUCACUCUUUGUGGUGCUGCUAAUAGUCUUCACUCUGAUCAGAAGGAGGCUGUGGGAUCACGGGAGACUCGCUCUUGUCGCAGAGACUGAAGGCGAUGCUCAAAAACAGCAUUACAUUAGGUUAAUGUCAUCCAUGUCCAUAGAGGAGCCUGAAUACGAGAAGGGUUGCUGCUCUUGGCUUACCUUUAUCGUCAAUAUGGAUGACACUUUGGUCCAAGAGAGAUGUGGAGUGGAUGCAGUACAUUAUCUGUCAUUUCAGAAGCACCUUGUCAUCUUGCUCUUGCUCAUCUGUGUGCUUUCUGUCACUGUCAUCCUACCAGUCAAUCUAUCUGGCGACCUGCUGGGCAAUGAUCCCUACAGUUUCGGCAGAACCACCAUAGCCAAUCUUAAGCAGGGUGAUACGCUGCUUUGGCUACACACUGUAUUUGCAUUUUUGUAUCUCAUGAUCACGGUGGCCCUGCUGAGACAACACACCUCUAAAAUGAAGGGAACCAAGAGAGAGAUAGCCAGAAACACCCUGUUUGUGAGGGAUGUACCGACUGCGGCCAGUAAUGAGACUAUAAAAACUCACUUUAUGGAGGCGUACCCCUCCUGUCAAGUGACUGAUGUUAACUUGUGUUAUGAUGUUGCCAAACUGAUUGACCUGGACAGAAACCGAAAAAGGGCAGAAAGAAAUCUGCAACAUUACAAUAAGAUACUUGAGAUCCAGGGACGACGUGAGGUCAUCAACCCUCGCCCAUGCAGCCACCUGUGCUGCUGCUGCAGUCACUGUAAGGGCUGUGAAGUGGUUGAUGCUAUAGAGUUCUACCGCUCACAGGAGGCUGCUCUGCGUGACGAGGAAAAUAGACUUAAGGAAAAUGAAGAACUGCAUCCUCUGGGCAUGACAUUUGUGACCCUGCAAAAUGAGUACAUGGCCUCUUAUAUUCUGAAAGAUUUCAAUGCUCUGGAGUGUGGAGGCAGGGCAAGGGGUGUGGCUGGUGAAGAAAUGGGCGGGGGAAUCGGGUGUGGGUGUGGCCGAGAGCCUCAGCCGUCCUCUAAGAGCGCAGAACUGAGGGUGAACAAAUGGAAAGUGAAUUACGCUCCUCACCCACAUAAUAUCUACUGGGAGAAUUUGUCAUUACAUGGGUGGCGUUGGUGGAUACGCUUUGUCCUGCUGAAUACGGCACUCUUCCUCCUCCUCUUCUUCCUCACCACACCCUCCAUCAUCAUCAGCACCAUAGACAAGUUUAAUGUCACCAAGCCCAUUCACUAUCUGAACAGCGCCAUUAUCAGCCAGUUCUUCCCCACUCUUCUGCUGUGGACCUUCUCAGCCCUGUUACCCACCAUUGUGUAUUACUCUACACUGGGAGAAGCCCAUUGGACCAGGUCCAGUGAAAAUAUGAGCAUGAUGUACAAGCUCUACACCUUCCUGAUCUUCAUGGUGUUGAUUUUGCCCUCCCUGGGCCUCACCAGUCUAGACGUGUUUUUCCGCUGGUUGUUUGAUAAACAGUCUGAGGGGAAGCUGAGGUUUGAGUGUGUGUUUCUACCCGAUCAGGGGGCGUUCUUUGUAAAUUACGUGAUCGCGGCGGCUCUGGUGGGCUCUGGCAUGGAGCUGCUGCGCUUGCCAGGGUUACUGCUCUACGUCGUGCGUCUGGCGCUCGCACAUUCGGCUGCUGAGAGGAAAUAUGUUAAACAGAAUCAGGCGUAUGAGUUUCAGUACGGAGCGAUGUACGGAUGGACGCUGUGUGUUUUCACAGUCAUCAUGGCCUACAGCAUCACCUGUCCUGUCAUCGUCCCCUUCGGUUUGCUGUACCUGCUGCUGAAACACCUGGUGGACAAACACAACCUGUACUUCGCUUAUCUUCCCGCCCGCCUCGAUCGGCAGGUUCACCUGGGAGCUGUCAAUCAAGCGCUGGCUGCACCAAUCAUAUGCCUGAUGUGGCUUUAUUUCUUCUCUGUGAUCAGAACAGGCUUCAUGACGGCUACGUCACUGUUCACUUUAGUGGUUCUGUGUGUGACCAUCUUUAUCUGUAUCAGUUACACCUGCUUCGGACACUUCAAAUACCUCAGUCCGCACAACUACAAUGUUAAGGAAGAAGAUGAAGACGUUGCAGUGUCAGAGAGUUCAUCUGCAUCGGUGUAUCUUCCCAAAGUUUUAAACCCAGAUGCAUCGUCCGUAUCUGAUGAAUGCAGCAUUCGCCAUUCAUACGGCACCACGGACACAAGCACGCCCUUCCUCAUCCCUGAGGAAGAUUAUCCAGACUCCGAUAUCUAGCAACAGACAUCGCCCAAUCACAACUGCCCUUUUACCUCUGGAGGAAACGGUCCUUGUUGAAUCAGAGGUUGGAGGUCAUUGUGCAGAUGGAGGGAGUUUACCUUUUAAAAACAGGAUCUUUUGGUGAGGAAAAGGCACGGGUACGUCCUCGUCGCCACCGAUGACACAGCGAUCCAAACAGAGGCGUCCGCGAUGAACAGGGACUAGAGUAGCUGUAAGGUCAAAGGUCGUGUCAAUGAAAAGCAUCUAAGCUGAUAAAUGCUCUGAGAGAUCAACAGAAUUUAUUAUUAUUUUUUUUUUCUACACUUACUGAGAGACUUGAGGAACAUUUAAUCAUAAACUGUCAUUAAAAAAACCUAAAGGAGCUUUUUGGGAUCAAUUCUUGUCACCAAAGACUUUAAACUGUUUUCUAAAUUGCCAUUCAAACACACAGUCCAAACAUUUACAGCCAGCUUCGCCAAUGAGCACUUGCCAAGGAGAUCAAAUAUAAUGCGAAUAUAUCAAAAACACUUGAACUGACACUUGUGUCUUGACGGAAUCAACGCUUUAUAAUAGGAAUUAGUGUGUGUGUGAGUGAGAGAAAGCAAGUGUCUGUGUUGUUCGUCAUUCUUAAUUUAUCUGUUUUAUACAAAUAUGUUAAUAUAUUGAUGUUGAAAGAUUUGAGCUCAUAGCUCAGUGGCCUUUCAUUAAAAGAUUUAUAGUUGUGUGUGAGAGAAUGAAUCCUCGCUAGGUGGCACUGUUGCUCUCUGAUCCUUCUGCUUCUUGCAAGAGAGAUGUUUCAGGUUCAGUACAAGCUAAACUCAGUAUUUUGGCAUAAUGUCAACUAUUAGAGAAAAAUAAUUUUUAUAAAAAAAAUAUGCCAAGGUUGGAUUUACAGUAAGGCUUGUAGAAUGAAGUCAACUGGGCAAUGCAUAUGUUUAAAAAAAAAUUAUGAGACUAAAUAAAAUCGCAUGUCUGCGUAAAAUGUAACUUCUAAAAUGUCAAUUUAAUGUCAUGGCCAUAACAGUAAGAAAGGGAUUGAUUUUACAUCAACUCUAUAGAGCACAUAGGAAACAGGGCUUUACUAAAUAAUUCAUGUAGGAGCUUUAACAAGUACAAACAUCAUAUUUAAUCCAUUAGCUGUAAUGCAAUGGGAAGAAACUGUGGCUAUGAAGGGAAGUUCUUGAUGUGGUUCCUGUGUUUGUGUUUUUGUUCUGUAAAUUCAUUAGAUGAGUGGAACAGAAACCGAGUUUUAGUGUCUGAUCAUGUAAACGGCUCAACCUCUGUACAUUGAGUCUCAUAGUCUUAAGUCUCAGAUUUUCCUGGAAAGGGGUGAAUAGAUGUCCUCUAAACACACACACCACACAUUUCUCCAGAAUGCGGUUUUCAGCUCAUUAGGCUGGAGGAUAGAGGAAAAUCACCUUAUUUUAACACCAUAAGCAGCCCACAAACUCGACUGACCUGCUCUAAAUGCCAGGAUCAGCAUUCAAAACUGCUUAAGAACAGAAACUGAUAUAAUGCGUGUGUGCGUGCAUGUGUGUGUGUGUGUGUGUGUAUCAAACUUUAUUUUUUUAUUUUCUUUAGUAUUCUUUGUACAUUUUUAGUGGUGGCAGGUAGCUAAUUGGGUUCACUCUUAGCUUGCCAAAUAUUUUAUUGAACACAAAAAUGUUAAACUUUAAGUUUUAAGCUUUGCAACAAUUUUUCUUGGGUAUGUGUGUAUUUGAGUGUGUAAUAGGAUGGAUCUCAUCUCAUACUUUUUUCGCAAUACUGCGUAAAGGUCACAUAUUUGGUGUAAACCAUAUACAAUAGUCAUAAACAUGAAGAUUACAUGCAUUUGUAAAGCUAUAUUUUAUUCUGUGAGAGCCAGAAAUAAUAGCAUUUACAGCAUUUGAGACAACCGUAAACCUUCAGAAGGCUUUAUGACCCAAACGACACAAACGUCCACAUGCAACUUGAAACAAAAGAUGCAUACGAGUCAAAUAAAGCUGCAGUGAAUCCAGAAAAAUCUUAUUGUACUUCUGGAAACAGCUGUUAUGUUAUUUAAUUUGGAUAUUAAAUAAACUCUUUCUUUUAUUA